GUUCGGCCUAAAUUAAUUUGUCAUAAGUACAGUUGGUAUUACUUACUUUUAGUAAUUUUCUAUUUAGUAACCUUUCUGUUUAAAAAAUUUAAAUAAGAUGACAUUUAAAUCAUAAAGACAGUUCUUUUUCAAAAAUAGAGUUAGCGAAAUUUUCUUGAUUUUGAUUAUAAUAUUUUUACCUAGAUACUCAUUGUCAAGAUGAAUAAUUAAUACUACAAAACUUUGACACGAGCCUAAUAAAAAAUUUGCAAGCGAACUUUUAUGCACAUGGGCAGAGUUCGAAUUUCGUAAACCUAAAAAAAAAUUCCAAAGUAGACGAACAAAUGUAUCGAAUCAUGGCCGACGAGUGUUGAUAAAUUUCUCGAUAAUAUCGAUGGUUCAUCGGCCCGCCAACUACCGCAUCCAUACACAUUAAGUUGCACCCCCAUCCAGAGCACGCAUUGGGUCCACAAGCCAACUGCUCUCUCUCUCUCUCUCUCUCUACACAUUUCAUAGAGUCAUAUAUACCCAGGUGUAAGGAUUUUGCAGAUCGAAAGGGUUCUCGCGUGAACCAGUGGGGUCUCUCUCGUUUCGAUUCCACCUCCGAAGAUGAAGGUGACUGUCACUACACGGAGUGGCAAAGAAUUGAUUAGGGGCGGCCUUGAGCUCCAUGAUUCCGCUACCGUCGCGGAUCUGCAGGAGUCUAUUCACAAGCGAACCAAGAAAUACUAUCCUUCUAGACAGCGCCUGACCCUACCCCUUCAACCUGGAUCGAAGGAAAAGCCCGUUGUCCUUCACUACAGGAAAAAUCUCAAGGAAUAUAGCGAUGGAAAUUCAGACAACUUAACUGUUGUAUUCAAGGACUUGGGUCCACAAGUUUCCUAUCGUACCCUAUUCUUCUGUGAGUACUUGGGCCCUUUACUCAUCUAUCCAAUCUUCUACUACUUCCCUGUAUAUCAAUACCUCGGCUACAAAGCAGAGCGUGUUAUCCACCCAGUUCAGACAUAUGCCUUGUACUACUGGUGUUUCCACUACUUCAAACGUAUAAUGGAGACAUUCUUUGUUCACCGCUUCAGCCAUGCCACCUCACCACUCUCUAAUGUGUUCCGUAAUUGUGCUUAUUACUGGACGUUUGGUGCUUAUAUUGCUUAUUAUGUGAACCACCCGCUUUAUACACCUGUAAGUGACCUCCAAAUGAAGAUUGGGUUGGGUUUGGGAUUGCUUUGCCAAGUCUUAAAUUUCUACUGCCAUAUCUUGCUGAGUAAUCUUCGGAGCCCUGACGGGAACGGAGGGUACCAAAUCCCACGUGGAUUUUUGUUCAAUAUUGUCACAUGCGCGAAUUACACGACUGAGAUUUAUCAGUGGCUGGGAUUCAACAUUGCUACCCAGACGGUUGCAGGUUAUCUCUUUCUUGUGGUUGCUGCUUCAAUCAUGACUAAUUGGGCACUCGCAAAGCACCGCCGUCUGAAGAGGCUAUUUGAUGGAAAAGAGGGAAGACCCAAGUACCCCCGGCGAUGGGUCAUACUGCCCCCAUUCCUGUAGAAGUGAUUCACAAUCCUGCCACUGGUUUCUUUGGUAAAGAGGCAUGGUCUGAAGGUUUCCCUCAGUCAUUCUUACCAAAAUAUGCUAAUAAGGGAUCAGAACUUCACUUUUGCCAUUGGAUAUCAUGGUCUUCUCUUCUAGAUCGCAAUGCAUUUGAAUUAUUAUCCGGUCUUUCCCUUUACCAGGGAUUUUUUAUUUUAUUUUUACCUUGUCAAAUUGGCUGAGUUUUGCUCUCCAUGUUGUAGUUGUCACAGUUGCAUUUGAUGCUCCUUUAUCAUCAGUUUGUUUGUUUUUAUUCUCAAACUUGGAAUUGUUUAGAAUCUUCAAAUCAUCCCCGUUAGUUUCGAAACGGCAUGACCGAACUUGAACUUUCGGGGUGGUUUUCGUUAAGCUUAAUGUGCCCUGUCCAAGAGUGAAACAAUACUCUUAUGAAUGUCAUAUAGUGUAUGCGUUUUCUUUCA